AUGGAGGCGCUAUCGCCCAAACAGAGACUAAUUCUAGCCGGAAUGAAGUGUAAUUCCCUACCGAAAAUUGCAAAGGUGAAUGUAGAAGUACACGAAAUUGGCAGUAAUAGCUUGACCCGAUCUGAGAGUUUGGCAAACAAAAAUCUUGUGCCCUCCUCCCUAUCGCCAAGUGCAAAAAGUGAAAGAGUUCAUCGAGCGCAUUCCCUUUACACUAUCGCAGCCACAGGAAGCAAUGAGUAUCGAUCGAAUGCGCUAGUUAACCUCUUGACCUCAACCUCACGAAACACACCUGUGGAAUACGAUAUCUUUGAUCCAUCGGAGGAGGACGUCCCCCCAACCCCCUCCAUUUCUGUCAGCCAACUAGCCACUGGACCAGGAUCGAAAUCCAGUUGGCGUAUUGGCAUGGUAGUGGUGGGCGUUUUGCUGGCCUUCAUUGUGCUCACUGUCAUCAUUCUGACCAUCUACUUUGUGAAGAGGUAA